AUGGCAUUGCCGCAUUCUUGGCUCGGGGGAGCGGCGAAUCCAGCGGCGUCGGCUCCAGCGGCGACGAGCAAUCUCUUCUACGUCGGGGAAGCCAAGCGCUUGGCUCGGCGUGGCAGGCUGAUCGAGAUGAUAGGAUUGGUCCAGGAGCGCUUGGAGCAUGGCGCUGUGGGAGAUGCUAGGGCGUUUUUGGAAGUUGUAGGGAUCCACGCCGUGCGUGAUGGAUGCGUGUCAGUGCUGGAGCAGCGCCGGCUUCCUUAUGUGGUGGAAUUUUGCCGCGCAUUGAGCGAGUUGGGAAUUUCUUCUCCAUCGGAUUAUCUUGGGAGGUAUGGAUUGCAGCUAGUUAUCGAUGAAUGUGGCCGGCUACUCCAGGAGAACAGAGUAGAGGAAUGCAUUCGUUGCUUGGAAAGGCUCGCAAAAUGUGGAUUCGUCGUCAAGAACUUGGUGAAGCCUACCCUUUGCAUGGAAGCCUGUGCUAGAAUGCACAACACUGCCUUGGCUCUCAGGUAUGCUUGUUUACUUCCGGACAUCUUGCAGUCAUGCAACAUGAUCAUGCAAAAAUUUCGAGACCAGGGAGAUCUUCAGUCGGUGUUCCAGGUUUUUCAAGCUCUGGAAAGUACCGGCGUUCGUCCAGAUAUGUACUCGUAUUGCAUACUGAUUGAUGCUUGCGGGCGUUGUGGAGAUGCUGAAAAAGCCACAGCGAUUUUCGAGGGAUUGUUGAAGGCUGGAACAGUUCUAAACGUAUACGUAUGUAACAGCAUGAUGAAUGCUCACGCAGGAAACAUCCAGCACGUUCUGAGGCUAUACAGACAGAUGCAGGGUUCCGGUAUUGCAGCGGAUGUAACAACGUACAACAUCGUCUUUAAGGCUUGUCGUCUGUCUAAGAACCCAGUACUUGCUUUGCGGUUGUAUGAGGAGCUGAAAGCAAAAGAAAUCAAGAUGAAUGUUCUAAGCUAUGGUACAUUAAUCCAGAUAUUUGGUGAGGCCAAAAUGCUUGAUCGAGUAUUUCAAAUGAAACAUGAUAUGGACUCAACCGGUAUUGUUCCAAAUGUUGUCACUUGGACUUCACUUGUUGGUGCUUGCUCAAAAGGGGCAUUGGUUGAGAAGACGCUUCAAGUAUAUCAAGAUAUGGUUCAAGCUGGGUGUACUCCGAAUGCCUUCACCUACAACUUUCUUCUUAGCGCUUGCGUCGACGGUGGCCAGUCUGACAAGGCGCAUAAGCUGUUUAGAGAAUGGAAGACCUCUGGACGUAUACUGGCUGGAAUUGAAGUUCAAGACGAAAGUGCGAUCUUCUCCGAAUGGGUCCGUCCCGACUCAGUGGCUUAUAACACGAUGAUGAGGGCGUGUGAUAAGCUUCCAAAACAGGCCGAAGCUGUUAUGCAGGAGAUGGUGAGCUCUGGUCUCAGGCCGGAUAAGCGAAGCUGGUGCAUCCUUAUUAAUUCGUAUGGCUGCAAUGGUGACAAACAAGGGGCUGUUCAGGCUUUUCAAAGAAUGGGAAGGUCUGGCAUUAUAGCUGAUGUGGUCGCCUACACAGCCAUCAUCAAGGUCCGCUUCGAAUCCAGAAUAAGCUUCGUCCUACAUGUGUUCUGUCAUCGUAGCUAGUCACUCACUGACGGGGUUUGGUUUUUCCUGGCUCCAAGGCUUGCGUGAACUCUCAAGACGUUUCCAUGGCUUUAAGCUUUUUCGAAACUAUGAAACGCGAUGGUAUCUCACCAAAUUCGGUCACAUACAAUACAUUGCUAC